GAAAAAGAUGCAGAAAACACCCAAGAGGAACAAGCAGGCAGUUGCUUCCCAUGAGGAACCAGCAGUUCUUCCUCCAGACAAGAAGAAAAGAGAAAGUCCAGAUGACUUUGUAGCACUCCUGCCUCCAGAAGUCUGCUUCCAGAUCUUCGGUGAACUUGACCUUCAGAGUCUGUGCAGUGCAGCGAUGACAUGCAAGAGCUGGAAUCACGCUAUUGAGAAUAACGACUGCUUGUGGAGACAUCAUUGUUUAACUGUAAGAGCCAUCUGUCAACGAGAGAUUGAUUAUGAUCGACAAAAUGGAUACUCAUGGAAGAUCACGUUGCUGCGAAACUAUUGGAAGAGCAAAGUGAAGCAAGAAUGGCUGAGCGGAAAAUACAGUCACGUUCAUUCUUGCAGCAGCUUGCCAGAGAAAAGCAUGUAUCCAAUGGAUGCUGACACCUGGGGAGAAAUCCUGGAAGCAGAACUAGAGAGAUGAGAGACGAGUGUAAGGUUCUUAGUUGCAAGAACCAG